GGAUCCAAGAGCGCACCAACUUUGCCUGGGGUCGAUCAUGGUUCACUUUUGCCUUGUGCCGGCCACUCUUGUACCCGUCCUUGGAAAAACACUGCGUGGUACUUACAUCACCGAACUCUCUCGCUCAUUUACUCGUCCCAGUUCCUUUCUAUCCUACUCCUCUUCUGCUCCCUCGACGGUCACCUCAUUUCUCUUCUUGUCCUUCCCUUCCCUCAGCCCUCUUCUCACCUAAGGUGUAUGCUUAUGUGACAUCUCAAAGCUACAAUCAACACGUCCGUUUUUGUUUAUUCUCCACCAUCAUUCUCAUUCUUCGCAUUGACUGCACCAGUCGGUCCUCUCCUUUCAACGGCCCGGCUGUCUUUGGAAGUAACCAUCGUGCUGGUUUCGAGAUAUUUCCACAAGUUUCAUACAACGACGCAUUGUCUCACCGGACUGGGACAUUCGCCACCGACUAUUACUACUCAACCGACGACACGAUAAAGCGCAAACGUGCUACUCUCUCCUUCCACCGAAGUUAGAACUUGACUUGCUGAGCAACGUUUCGGACAUCCAAUUAUAACGAUACCUCGACGAAUACACCUGUUUACUCUCCGAUCGCAGUGCGAGGCUUCAUCAACAAAUCCGUCACUAUGGCUGGAGGAGGUGCAACGAAGUCCCCCGAGGAGCAGCAAGCGGCCAUCGAUGCUGCCUUGGAGAACAAGGCCCUCUCCAACUAUCUGUUCUACAUUUGCGCCAGUGUCUCGGUUGCAGUCAUUAUCUGGAGGGUCUGGACCGUUAUCGUUAAGUACGUUCGAACCGUCGCCUGCCUCAACAACGACAACCAGCGAUACUUUGCCCAGUCCGAUUCCAAGGUGUCCUGGAUGAAGAAGAAUGUUCUGUACGCUCCGGUCCUCAGCAAGCGUCACAACCGCGAAAUUCAGCUCAGCUCCGCCAUCAAUGUUGGCACUCUACCCAGUCGUCUUCAGUUGCUGUUCCUCGCCGGCUACUUGGCCACCAAUGUCGCCUUCUGCGUCAUCAACAUCCCGUUCGCCGGCUCCUUCGCCGCUGCAGCUUCGCAGCUUCGGAAUCGAACUGGUACCUUGGCCGUUGUCAACAUGAUUCCCCUGUUUUUGAUGGGCGGGCGCAACAACCCCUUGAUUCAAAUGCUGGGCAUCUCAUUCGACACAUUUAACUUGCUUCACCGUUGGUUCGGUCGGAUUGUUAUCCUCGAGGCCCUAGCUCAUACCCUGGCUUGGAUGGCCAACACUGCGAACAAAUCGAGCUGGGAGACUGCCAUCAAGUCUGCCACUACGGUCCCCUUCUUGCUUUUUGGCUUCGUUGCUACUUGUGCCUUUGUCGCAAUUGGCAUUCAGGCUUCGAGUCCCAUCAGACACGCAUUUUACGAGACGUUCAAGCUUCUCCACAUCUUGCUGGCCAUUACGGCCGUCGUUGGCACCUGGUAUCACUUGCAGAUGAAGGCCUUGCCUCAACUAAAGUACAUGUGGCCUGUCGUCAUUUUCUGGGCCGGUGAUCGAGUUUGGCGCGCCGCUCGCGUCUUCUACGGCAAUGUCGGACACGGAGGCAGCAAAGCCCUGGUUGAGGCACUUCCCGGAAAUGCCUGCCGUGUCACGGUAACGAUGGCUCGUCCCUGGACCUUCGGACCCGGCCAGCACGCUUAUAUGUACAUGCCUUCCAUAAGCCUGUUGCAGUCUCACCCCUUUUCCGUUGCGUGGAGUGAGGAGGCCGAGGACCCCAUGGCCGAGAAGGCUUCCCUUAACCGUCAGGACAUCCUCGCCAUGCGCAAGACUACCAUGUCCUUCGUCAUUCGUGCCCGAACUGGCAUGACCGAUACACUGUAUCGCAAAGCGGCUGCCUGCCCUGAGGGCAAAAUGACUACAACAUGCAUGGUAGAGGGCCCAUACGGUGGUUUGCACAGCAUGCGCUCCUACGGCACCGUCAUGCUUUUCGCUGGUGGCGUUGGCAUCACUCACCAGGUUCCUCAUGUGCGUGAUCUUGUUGCUGGCUAUGCCAACGGAACUGUUGCCGCCAGGAGGGUAAUUCUCGUGUGGACAAUCCAAAGCCCCGAGCAUCUCGAAUGGAUCCGCCCCUGGAUGACGGAGAUUCUGGCCAUGGAGAAGCGUAGGGAUGUCCUUCGCAUCAUGCUCUUUGUCAGUAGGCCGCGCUCCACCAAGGAGAUUCACAGCCCUUCGUCCACGGUCCAGAUGUUUCCUGGUCGGCCCAACAUCGAGACGCUCAUCAAGGCCGAGCAGGAGUCGCAGGUCGGCACCAUGGGAAUUAGUGUAUGCGGCCCCGGUGCUCUCAGUGACGAGGUGCGCCGCGCUGUCCGUGACCGCCAGCAUGAUUCCGCGAUUGACUUCAACGAGGAAGCCUUUUCAUGGUAGAGGAGAGGGAGUGGAAGAUGCAGAGGGUUGUGAUUCAACUACAAUCUACGAGGCCGUCACGGCAACAAUCAUGCCCUGCGCACAUACCCGACGAUGCCGAGCCGACCGAUGCUCAUGAGUCAAGGAAACCCCAGGCCCGCGGAGAUUGGCAAUGGGACGCGACCGCUUUUGUUCAAUGUAAAUAUAGGGGAUCAUCUUAAACCGUAGUGCUGUGUAGAUAUGCGAGUAUGUAC